AUGAAUUUCUCAUCUGCGAGCAGUAAUGUGACAGCUCGUGAUGAUUUCAGCGUGGCUGUGAGCAAAAACGUGAUUGUUGCAGUACUAUGUAUCAUCAUCAACUACAUCAACGGUACCCUGAUCCACACCUUCAACAAACAUCAGAUAUUCAAUGUGAACCCACGAUAUAUCCUCUUCAUUCACCUUGUGGUCAACGAUAUGAUGCAGCUGACAUCCUCGGUUAUGCUGAUGCUCCUUAGUUAUAUUUUCUAUAAAAUCAGUGUCAGCCUCUGUUGCUUCCUGCUUCUGUUUACUAUCAUCGCAACUCAAAAUACACCAAUGAAUUUAGCUGGAAUGGCAGCAGAGUGUUACAUUGCAAUUUGUUUACCGCUGCACCACACAACAUUAUGUACAGUCAGAAGAACAUAUAUUCUGAUUGGUAUAAUCUGGUUUGUAAGUUCAAUGUCCUACAUACCAGACAUUUUAAUUCUCCUGAACACAGAAUCUGUUGAAUUCUUAGAUUCAAAAAUAAUCUGCAUCAGAAACAACGCAUUUCUAAAUCCAUUAAUCCGACAUAAGAACAAUAUCUAUAACACAGUAUUACUGGUUAUGGUUUGGAGCACCCUCCUAUACACUUACUUAAAAAUACUUUUUGCUGCUAAAUCAGCUGAUGGAGAUGCAAAGAAGGCCAGGAAUACCAUCCUGCUUCAUGGUUUUCAGCUACUGUUAAGUAUGCUCACAUAUGUAGCCCAGGCAUUCAGACAAGCUCUCUAUACCUGGUUCCCUAAAAAUAUUUCAGAUGCAAUCUUUGUUUCUUAUAUUUUCAUUCAGGUCCUGCCCAGGUUAAUCAGUCCUAUUGUGUAUGGGCUAAGAGACAAGACAUUCAGGAAGUACCUGCAAAGGUACCUGCUAUGUGGAAUGAGAGCAAGAAUCAAUCCACAGCCUACCCUUAAAGAGCUUCAGUAAGACUACAGCAUGUUGCUUUGAUGCUGUUACAUCCCACUGUGUUAUUAUGUGGCUGUGCUUGAUCUUAGCACAGAUAUUCAUAGAUGAUGAAUUAAGCAAUAAAUAAAAAGUUAUAAACCACUGACUGUGACAUUGUGACAUUGAGGUAAUCUAGUUUGAGUUAUCCAACUUCAUCAAACUGUGGCUUAAGUCUCAAGUACUCCACAACUCCAGUCCUGUGACUAAAAUACAAUCAACAUGAAUCCUAUCAAUCUAAUACAGGCAGGGUGUGUGAAAAUGACAUUAGGGUUGCAACUAAAAAUUAUUUCCAUAAUCGAUUAAUCUGCCAAUUAUUUUGUCCAUUAAUCAAAUUUGCUUAUUCUAUGAAUUUAGUAUGUAUCACAGUUUUUCAGAGAAAGUCUAAAAUCCUGAAAAUGUUAAUUACAUUUUUUCUUGCAAAAUUAGCUAAACAAUUAAUUGAUUAUCAAA